UCAGCCGAGCCGGCAGCCGAUGGCGUUCUCUCCUGUGACCGUGGGCUCGGACGCGUCGCCGGAGCCGGGAGGCGGCGGGCGGCUCGGCGAAGAGGCGGACGGGGAGCGGAGGGGCCGCCUGAAGGAAGCGGCGGGCUCCUCCCUGGCGUCGCUGUGCCUCGGACCGCUCGCCGGCCCGCGGCGCUUCGGGACCCUGGUGGAGUGCCUGGUGCUCAACUACCGCCUGCGGCAGGGGCCGGGCCGCGGCCGGGAGCGCGGCGCCGAAGGCGCGGCCGAGGGCCCGCUGCGGUGCUGCGGCUGCGGGCGCUUCCUGAGCGAGCCGGUGACCGUCCCGUGCGGGCACACCUACUGCCGCCGCUGUCUGCGGAGAGAGCUGCGGGCCCGCUGCCGCCGCUGCCGAGACCGGCUGCUGCCGGCGGGGGGCACCGGCGCGGCCGCCGCCCCGCUGCGCACCAGCGUGGUGCUCAGCCAGCUGGCCGAGAAGUGGUUCCCGAGGGAGUGCGAGCGGGCGCGGGCCGGCGGGCGCCUGGAGGAACUGCUGGCGCAGGGCCGCUUCCGAGAGGCGCUGGGCGCCGCCGGGCAGGCGCUGCGGGCAGAUUCCAGUAACUUGAUGCUAAGAAUCUACAGGGCUGAGUCAUACGCUGGCCUCCAAGAGUAUAAAACAGCCAUAGAAGAUCUGAACUUUGUUAUUUCUAAAAUGCCAAAUUGGCCAGAGGUCUACUUCCGCAAAGGAAAAGUGCUGCACGACUCUGGCUUUGUAGGCGAUGCCUUACAACUGUUUCUACAGUGCUUAGCCCUUGAUGAGGAUUUUCUUCCAGCCAAGCUAGAAGUAGAAAAGACAUUGCGUGAUGUACUGUCACCAGAGAAGCUAGGAGAGAAUUUGAAGGAAUCUGCUUGGAGUUCACCACGAAAUAAAUCUUUUGUGCUUGGUUCUGAGAUGACUGAGCCUUACUGCAAUUUACAACUUUGUCCUGAGCAGAGUUUAGGAAGAUCAGAGGUACUGGAGCCUGCGAUUGGAAGCCUAAAUCGUGCACAAUCUGCCCAUGCUCUUAACUCAACAAAAGCCCUUGCCAAGGAAGAUGGCUUAAAGAGAGUAUCUUCUGAACCUCUUCUCUCUGGCCAAGAAAAAGGUGCUUUGUUGAAAAGAAAGCUUUCAUUUUCAGAGCAGGAUACAGUUGUGUGUGAAGAUGGAAGAAACAAACACAAAAAGCAAGGAGAAAAUACAAACAGGGACAUGAAACUGGCUUAUGGAACAGUUCCAGGGAAUUUGGUUGACAUAUCAGAUUUUGAGUGCUCUUUAUGUAUGAGGCUGUUCUUUGAGCCAGUGACAACACCUUGUGGACACACGUUUUGCAAAGGUUGCUUGGAACGGUGUUUAGACUAUGCUCCUCAGUGUCCGCUCUGUAAGGAGAGUUUGAAGGAGUACCUUGCAAGCAGAAAAUACAGCAUCACAGAGCUACUAGAGGAAUUAAUAAUGAAAUAUUUGUCUGAUGAGCUGUAUGAGAGAAAAAGAAUUCAUGCUGAAGAAACCGCUGAACACUCAAACUUGACCAAGAAUGUUCCAAUGUUUGUUUGCACUAUGGCAUAUCCUACUGUGCCUUGCCCUCUACACGUGUUUGAGCCAAGAUACCGACUGAUGAUUCGCAGAAGUAUGGAAACUGGGACUAAACAGUUUGGGAUGUGUAUAAGUGAUUCUCAAAAUGGUUUUGCAGAUUAUGGUUGCAUGCUGCAAAUUAGGAACGUUCAUUUUCUGCCUGAUGGACGGUCUGUUGUUGAUACAGUUGGUGGAAAGAGAUUUCGAGUUUUACGGAGAGGGAUGAAAGAUGGUUAUUGCACUGCAGACAUCGAGUAUUUGGAAGAUGUUAAGGUUGUUGAUGAAGGAGAGCUGAAGAAACUGAGAGAGCUUCACAACUUUGUUUACAGUCAGGCUUGCAGUUGGUUCCAAAACUUAAGAAACAAAUUCCGCACUCAGAUUCUUCAGCACUUUGGGCCAAUGCCUGACAGGGAGGAAAAUAUACAGGCAAUGCCCAAUGGUCCUGCUUGGUGUUGGUGGCUUCUAGCUGUUCUCCCAGUAGACCCCAGAUAUCAGCUGUCAGUUCUGUCUAUGAUGUCUUUAAAAGACCGUCUGAUAAAAAUCCAACAUAUACUUACAUAUUUUUCUAGGGACCAGUCCAAGUGACUAACCGCCUGGGUCUUCCUAAAAAGUAAAUCUGUUCUGGUUGUAGUAGCAGCUGGAAUUUUUGCUGCCUUUGCACAUCUAGCACUGGUUUGAGAAGUGUAACAGAACUGCUUUUUCUCUCUCCUUCCCGCCUGCCCAGCUUCUUGAACCGUAUGGUUCUUUGAAUGCACACUUUCUUCAACUAUGAGAGAAGACCACUGAUGAUUGCACAAAGUCAAUCCAGCUAGAUAUGUUUUUCACAUGAUCUAUUUUACAAUUUGCACUAUGUAGAAGAGAACGUUUUUGAGACUUGAUAAUUUUAGCCACUGACUUUUUAAAGAUGUGGGAAGCGCAGGACUUAAGGCUGACAGUCUGAGUUUACAACAUAGAACAGGUAUUAAAGGUUUUGCAAAUAAGUUUGCCUCAUACAACUGUUCUUUUGCUGUUUGCACAAAUAUUUGAAAUAUAGUGUUGAAUAUCACUGUUGGAUAUUACUUUUCUUGUUGAAUUAUCUUGACCCAUGAAUAUGGCACAGAUUUUUAAGUUAUCUUGUAAAUGUAUGCAUCACAAAACAGGUGACAUUACAAACUGUAUGCUGAACUGAGAGCCAAUUUUAAGGAUCAAAUGCAAAAAAAAAAAAAAAAAAAAAAAAAGGUACUUCUGUCUAAAAAUAAUUAAACUGUGAAUAUGGUUUACAUACCUAGGCCUGUACAUGUUAAAGAGAAAACUGAAAACUAAACUCUAGUACCAGUUACAUUUCUACUGGGCUUUUCAGGCUGGCUGUUCUUCCAGAGCACACACUUAGUUUAUAGAGCUUUUAAGGAGAAGUCUUAGAGUGUGCGUGUGUGUAUUUGGGGUUGUGCAUCCAGGAUUUAAAAGCUUAAAGUUUUAUUUGAACUCUUUAAGUUGGUGCAAAUGUGAGUUCUAUGCCUUAUAUCAAUAGUAGAGCACACUGCAGUGGCAAGGUAAGCAUCAUGCUGCCAUUAAGUACUUUUUGUAAUUAAAGGUUUGCAUAUUUGUGAAUAUGUCUGAUACUGGCUUUCUUGUAUGUAAAUGAUUUGUAAAAUAUUUCUUAAAUCUUGCUUUUGCUAAUAUAUUUAAUUUUCAAUAAAAGCUAAAAGUUUGUAAUAUUUUAACUUUA